UGACUACGGUAGAAUCGUGUUUAUCAUUUAACUUUUUAUCAUUUAUGACCACUUUAUCACUAACUUCAAGUUAAAGUGUAAACUUCGUUAUGGAGUAGUUUUAUAUUAAAAAAUUAAAAUAAUCAAGGUUAGGAUUAAUGUUUUUAAAUGGAUAAAAAUACAGUUUUGUGACCUUUAACGCUGAAAUAUGUCUUUGUCUUACAUAACCAAGCAACUUCCGCUUCUUUUAAAAGGCACUGUACCACCAGUUAGUGAGUUUAUCCCCAAACACUGCCCAGUUGUACAGAACGAUGUUCAAUCUCUUCGAGAUUUUGUUAAAAAUUCUGAAAGGAUUUUAGUGGUUACAGGCGCAGGAAUAUCGACAGAAUCGGGUAUUCCUGACUACCGCUCAGAAGCUGUAGGCCUGUACGCUCGAAGUAACCACAAACCUGUCCAGUAUUCCGAUUUUCUGAAAUCUGCAACAGUACGUCAGAGAUACUGGGCACGAAACUAUAUUGGAUGGCCAAAAUUUUCCCAAACCCAACCCAACAUCACACAUUAUAUUCUUCACUUACUGGAGGAAAUAGGAAAAGUUUUGUGUGUAGUCACCCAAAAUGUAGAUCGCCUGCAUACAAAAGCAAGAUCUCAGAACGUCGUAGAAUUACAUGGAGCUGCAUUUAGAGUGAUUUGUUUGAAUUGUGGAGAAUUUUAUAACAGACACUACAUUCAAGAAAAACUAAAACGUCUGAAUCCGAAGCUAGAAGUGACGAGUGAUAUGGUUAGACCAGACGGAGAUGUAGAGAUUUUGCAAGAUAAAAUUAAAUAUUUCAAACCUCCAUUCUGUGAUUCUUGUGAUGGAGUCCUCAAACCGGACAUCACGUUCUUUGGUGACAAUAUACCAAGAACAAGGGUUGAUUCUGUUAGAACGCAAGUCAGUGCAAGCGACGCUUUACUAGUCCUAGGAUCAAGUUUAAGUGUAUUUUCUGGUUAUAGAAUACUUCUACAAGCCCAUGAAGAACGAAAAAAUAUAGCGAUUGUAAACAUCGGCCCAACUAGAGCCGACAAACUAGCUAAUUUGAAAAUAUCUGCGAGAUGUGGCGACAUCUUAUCUGAAAUUUUUAAAAUUACGUAAAAAUAUACUUAUUUUCACUCAAAA